AUGAGCACUUCCCGCACCCCGCGGCCGCGCCCGCUGGGCUGCGACGAGCGCCUGCCCGUCGUCUGGGCGGGCCGCGAAGUGCCGCCCGAGCUGCGCGCCGUCGACGGCGGCGCCCUGCACCGUCAUCUGGCGGCGGCCAAGCCGCCAGGGGCGAGCAAGGCGCAGCCGUUGGCUGGCGGCUCGCGGUCAGCACCAAUCGAGAGGAAGAAUGAUGGCAGCCUCGUCGAUGGCGGCGGCGCCGCCGGCGGCGACCACGCGCGUCCCAUACACAUUCCUGGGGUGAGGGUGGUCAAGGACUACCGCCACAACCGCGCCGCGCUGCGGCCGCACGCCACGAUUGCCGGCGCCCCUAGCUACGGCCCCGCGGCGCCUUACCUGCGGUGGCGACCGCAGCAGCAGCAGCUGGUCGGCAGGAGCGGCGGCGCCGGCCCCGUCGGCGUUGGGGAUGACGACAGCGAGGAAGAUGAGGAGGGCCAGCUGCCGGCGCAGUAUGAUGCAGAUGAGAUUGACGAGGAGUGGCUGCACGACUUCAACGCGCGAGGCGGCACAGCCGAGUCGCCGCAGCGGGCGCCAAAGCGCGGCCGCCAUGUGCCCGGCACCGCUGGCGCGGCCGCAGAGGAUGGGCAGGGUUGCCGAUUGGGGCUUGACGCCUACGAGCGCGCCAUCGACCGGCUUGAGACGCUGCAUUUCGCGGCGGUCGGCGCGUGGUGGCGCGAGCUCAAUGGCGGUGCCCCCUCGUCGCCACCCCCCGCUGCGCCGAAAAUACCAGCGACCAAGCAGCUGCUGCCCAAGGCGCGCGCCGCCGAGGCGCUGGCCCGCCUUGUGCCGGACGCCGCGGCCGCGGGGCGCCUGUACGCCCACUGGCUGCGCCGGCGCGGGGAGCAGGGGGGGCCGCUGCUGGAGUGGAUGUGGCUUGAGGUGCCCUGGAAGUAUGUGGCAUUCGCGCACAUCCUCGGGGACGGCGGCGGCUGCGGCGGCUGCGCGGCCCUGCCCUUCACCGGCGGCGACGCGCGGGACGAGCGCGGCGGUUCGGGGCGGAGGCGGCCGAUGCGGGAAGAGGACGCGACGCACGCGCUGUUUGCAGCCCGCGCUGACUUGGAGGUCAUGCGCACCCUGCUGGACCAGGUCUGGAAGCGCGAGCGCCUCAAGCGCCGCCAGCUGCAGCUGUGCGGCGGCGGCGGCGGCGGCGGCGGACCGCUCUGCGCGGCUGCAGCAGCGGCGGGCGCAGCAGGAGGCUCAGCAGCAGGCCGGGCGCAUGCGUAA